GUGAGGAAAAAAAACUGAAUCUGACGUGGAGGCGCACCUCCUGCUCGGACAGACAGCAGCGCGCUGUGGACGCGCCUCAACACGAAGGACAGGCCAACCGACCAGACUGGCUCCUCCGACCGCACGGUCCGGUUCAGACUGUCGGUCCUGCUGAUCCGGGGAUUUAUCCGCAUUUAAAUCCUGCAGAGGCGGUGCUAUAGUUUAAAAGGAUCCUCGGAUUUGCAAAGCGAUCAGAGAUCAGUUUGGACAACGUCCCCCUGAGAAUGUGCAGAGUUGGGUUUUUUUUUUUUUUUUUCAUUUAGAUAAAAACUGAUUAAGUUUCGACAUGUCCUGCACCCAAAGAGAGACUGGAUCUUCCACAAACUCCACAGAAGACAAAAGAACAGACCUGAGAUGCAACGAGAAGAAAUGUUCAUGGGCUUCUUAUAUGACAAACUCUCCAACAAUGAUCGUGAUGAUCGGCCUGCCUGCAAGAGGAAAGACCUAUAUGUCAAAGAAACUCACACGUUAUCUCAACUGGAUUGGAGUUCCAACUAAAGUGUUUAACUUGGGUGUGUAUCGCAGAGAGGCAGUCAGAGCCUAUAAAUCUUAUGAUUUCUUCCGCCACGACAACGAGGAAGCCAUGAGAAUAAGAAAGCAGUGUGCUCUGGUGGCCCUGCAGGACGUGAGGGUCUACCUAACAGAGGAGGGGGGUCAGAUUGCAGUAUUUGAUGCAACAAACACAACGAGGGAGCGGCGAGAUCUUAUUCAAGCUUUCGUGAAAGAAAAUGGCUUCAAGGUGUUCUUUGUGGAAUCAGUGUGUGAUGACCCAGAUGUCAUUGCUGCCAAUAUUCUGGAAGUUAAAGUCUCCAGUCCAGAUUACCCUGAGAAGCACAGAGAGAGGGUAAUGGAGGAUUUCCUGAAACGGAUUGAGUGCUACAAGGUCACCUAUCAACCAUUAGAUCCUGAUGACUAUGACAAGGAUCUCUCUUUCAUCAAGGUUAUAAAUGUGGGUCAGCGUUUUCUGGUGAACCGAGUGCAGGAUUACAUCCAAAGCAAGAUAGUCUAUUACCUUAUGAACAUCCAUGUCCACUCACACUCCAUUUACCUGUGUCGACACGGAGAGAGCAACCACAAUGUGGAAGGACGCAUCGGAGGAGACUCUGAGCUUUCUCCAAGAGGAAAAAAGUUUGCCCAUGCCCUGCGAGAUUUUAUUGAAGAGUAUGAGCUGUCAGAUUUGAAGGUGUGGACGAGCCAGCUGAGGAGGACCAUCCAGACAGCAGAGGAACUCAGUGUGCCAUAUGAGCAGUGGAAAAUCCUCAACGAGAUUGAUGCUGGUGUGUGUGAGGAGAUGACUUAUCAAAUGAUCCAGGAGACCUUUCCAGAGGAGUUUACUCUGAGAGACCAGGAUAAAUACCAUUACCGCUACCCAGGAGGAGAGUCCUACCAAGAUCUUGUACAGCGCCUUGAGCCUGUCAUCAUGGAGUUGGAGAGACAGGGCAACGUCCUAGUUAUCUGCCACCAGGCGGUGAUGCGCUGUCUCUUGGCUUACUUCCUGGACAAGGGUGCAGAUGAUCUCCCUUACAUGAAAUGUCCACUCCACACAGUGCUUAAGCUAACUCCAGUUGCAUAUGGUUGUAAAGUCGAGAUGUUUUAUCUGAAUGUGGAGGCGGUAAACACACACCGAGACCGGCCACUUGGUAAGGUUCCAAGGGACUCUGCUCUCAUGCAUCGCCGGAAUAGUUACACUCCCUUGUCCAGUUACGACCAGGUGAAGCGGCCCAGGCUCUACAGUGCGGGAAAUCAGCCGUGGCUACCGCUCGCCCCUACCCCUUCGGCUCUGAUGCCAGAGAGACUGCAAAGCCAAGUUAGUGGCAGAGUUACAGGCUGACUCUCUAGACUCGGACAGGAGGCAGUUGUUUGUGAGUAUUUGAGACUUAAUAUCAGUAGCCAACCGUUUACUUUCUUUACCACCCUUCAAUUCAUUGUCUAAUUAUCCAUAUGUGAAUAUAUGUGUAAUAAUUAAGAUUUCUUAUGGUCUCGUUUUAUUUUUAUGGUUUUCCGUUGAUCUGGUUUCUAUUGUUUCCCACUACCAUUGCACAGUGAAAGGUUUUUAUUGCCCCAGCAACAUUAUCUAAAGUACACUAUCAUACAUUGAUUAAUUGAUACUUUUACAUAAGGCUAAUUCAUAAACUAUUAUCUGUGAGACUUAAUGAUGUUGUUUCUUGAGAUUUCUUAAUGUAGUAAAAUAUUGACAAAAAAUAUUUACUGAUUAGAUGCAUACUGUGUAUAAUAGAAAUCAAUAGCUGCUUCGGUAAUGUUCAAGAGUUCACAUGGACACCAGUGUUUUUAUGUUUUGAUUUUAAAAGUGCUCCAGUGGCAUAGAGGGUAGCGCGCCCCACGUUUGGAGGCCUUCGGUCCUCAACGCGGCCGUCGCGGGUUCGAUUCCCGGACCCGACGACAUUUGCCUCAUGUCUUCCCCCCUCUCCUUCCCCCUUUCCUGUCAGCCUACUGUGAAAAAAGGGACACUAGAGCCCACAAAAAGGACCCCCUGGUGGGGGAAGAAAAAAAAAAAGUCGGCUAGAACAAUGGGGUUUUUUUUUUGCCAAACGUAGAAUGAUUAUAUGGCUAUGACAUCAGUCAUUUUAAGAGACUGGAAUUGGAAGCAUAAGAAAACUUCCUGUUUUGCCAUCAGUAAGCUUGUGGGAUUAUUCUGACUGUGUUAUGAUCUUUCUUCUUCACACCAGUGGUGACCAAAAUUGGUUUGUUCCUGGUAUAGACUCUGGCAUGAUUCACAAUUUUUUAACAGAUAGGGUUGGGGAUUGUCUUAUUCAUUGUAAAAUCAGUUUUGAUGAUUGUUUGUGAUCAUUACCAUGUUUGAGCACACUCUUUGUUCAAGUUUUAACCACCUUCUUCAACCUGCCUGUCUUAGAUGAAAGAAACCAGUUGAUGAUGCUGAAGAAAAACUUAGGAACUGUCAAUGUCAAACCUGUCAUUAACUAAAUGUUCAACAUCAGUGAUGCUGCCAGCACCAGAUUUUUUUCAGGGGUUUUAAGAAGGUGCCAAGCGUAAAAAAAAAAAAAAUGAGCUGGCCACAUGACAAGCCAAAUGCCUUCUGGAGAAAAGUUUUAUAGUUAGAUGAGACAGCAAUCAAUAAAGGUGAUGCUUUCAAACCUAGAACUCUGUUCCAAAUGUCAAGUAUGAUGGCAGUAGCAUCAUAAAAGUUUGUUUUGACCUUAUAUUGCUAAUUAUUGUAAUAAUUGAAAAAAGGGAUUAUCAACUAAUUAACUUCACCUCAAAUCAACAGAUAGAUGGUUCAAAGUUGGACUCAACUGGGUGUUUCAAUUGGACACAUCAAAAAUGGGUUUAUGAACCCUACAGAGAGUUUGUGAACUAUGUUUAGAAGUCUGUGCCAAGGAUCCAAUCAUUUCAAAUUAGUUCUAUCAAUAUUGACUAGAACAAUGUUCAAAUAGUUAGACAGAAUGAUUCCACCAGCUGCUUUAUGGUUAUGAAAAAACACGUUUUCCCUUCAGUCAUUAGUAGGGGCAUAAAUUUGUAUGCCUUUUUGACCAUGUAUGGAUUUGAAAUAGUCCGUAGUGGAUAUGAGCUUGUUUAUUAAUUUCUUCAAAAUCUUUAAAGUUAUUAAUUUAGCAAUAUUUCCAUUUUGGAAAAAAAAAGAUUCAGGAUAUUCAUUAAAAUCUCAGCAUAACAUGAGUUUGUGUAAACAGCUGCAUAGAGUUGUACGAGACUAUAGGAUUACAGAGAUUAUUAUUAUUAUUACAUUACUAAUGUAAUAAUAAUUACAUUAAUUAUUAAUAAAUUCAUUUAUGUUGUAUUUGUUAAAGAAACAUUGUUACUUUCUAAAUAAUUAUCUAAAUUUCCAAUUCUACUGGGCCUCUGGAGAGAUUAUCAGUUAUUUCAAACUAUAUUUUAUAUUCUAAAAAAAUUAUUUAUAAAUAUUGGUUACAUCUCUUUUUUUUUUUACCAAGGACUCCCUGUGUGAAGGAAUCGACUUUGACAGCAGCGAAGAAACUAGUGGCUGUGUCCGCUUCUGAGUGAAGGUUGGAUCCUCAUCCGCUUUUCUUCACACCUUCUCUGGUCUUUUAUGAGUCAAAACAAUGGAGGGCGUUGUUCCUUUUAAUUUUUUACCACAUUAUAGAUAAUAUCAAGAUUACACGGAACAGAAGGGUUCCCGCUCGAGAUAUGAACAUGUGAGCGCAAAAUAACACGUUGCUGUUCAUCUCAAGCACUCUGUCUUUAUGCAUGUUGAGACUGAAAACCCUUAUCACUGAUGUACAGUAGUGCAUGUGCAUCAAAUGAAAAUAGUCAACCAAAACAUGCUGCACUUGACAGCUUUGGUGCCAUUUUCUGUGUAAAUACAGCAAUGUCUUAGUAAAUGUCAUAUAUAUAUCGCUAGAAAUAAGCUUCUCCAUAUAACACAGAAUGUUAUAAAUAAGCUGUUUUCACAAUAGGAAAAUAUAGAUGACAUAGAAAUAUUUUUGCAACGAAAACCUAUGUGUAUGCUGCACAAGCAUUCUGUACUAGGGAUUCUUACUGGAAGGACAUCAUAAAUUACAUCUGACCUGGAGAGAAUGUAGUCAAAUAAAUAAAGGAAUUUUAA